AUGAGACAUGUUCCAGUGAAUCUGGACGAUGGUCAGCAGCUUGGUGUACAGGUCGCCGCUGCCUGUGCGGUUCGCAUGUCCAUCAGCCGACGUGCGGCAGAGGCCGGCCGGCGCCCGCGGCGCGGUUCAGAAGCAGCGUCACCACUCGACGACUCGCCGGACGACUCGACCUCCCUGCACCCUCAUUUUUCGGUGCUUGCCCUCAGUCAUCGUCUGUUAUUGGAAAGGCGCGAUUACCGUUCGGCGCGAAAACGUUUCAACGGCAUCGUCAUCAUCGCUUAG